GCCCAACCGCCUGCCCUCAGCGCGCCCCAAUGGCCUAAUGCGGCCUCCUUUUUUGGCGCGGGCGCGGGAUGGGGGGGUGGGGGCUGUGUGUCUCUCUCUUUCGUCUCACACUCCCCCCCCCUCCCACUCCCCUCCGCAGGCGGAGGCAGGUCCAGGCUCCGGCCAAUGAGGGCGGGCGAGCCCGGGAAGGGGGCGGCGCUUCUGAGCCGGUAUAUGGAUGCGCACGUUGCCCGUCUCUGACACCCGCUCGCCCUUUCGGCCAGGUAACGGCAUCUCUUGAGGGGAGACCAUGAUGGCAGCGGAGGCAGCGCAGGCGGGCGGCUUUCUGGGCCGAGCCCUCUCGUCCACCGAGCCCGCUCCGGCCCUCGAGAUCGGCGGCGGCUGCGGGGCCGUGGCCGAGGCGCGGGUGCUGGUGAUCAACACGGGAGGGACCAUCGGGAUGGUGCCUCAGCCGGAGGGCCUUGCUCCUGAGGCCAACAUGCUAGCAGGGGCCCUGAAGAAGAUCCCAAUUCUUCACGAUGCAGCAUAUGCCGAGGAAACUAAUCUGUAUUCCCGCCUUCACCUUGGAGAUGACACCUUGGUGCUUCCCAUUUCCAGACAAAAUAAAAGAAUUAUCUACACCAUCCUGGAACUUUCUCCACUGCUUGAUUCUUCAAACAUGACUCCAGCUGAAUGGGACAAGAUUGGCAGUCUCCUGGAGAUAUACUAUGAAAAGUAUGAUGGCUUUGUGAUCCUUCACGGCACAGACACAAUGGCCUAUACAGCCUCAGCAUUGUCUUUCAUGUGUGAGAACCUGGGUAAAACCAUUGUUCUGACGGGAUCUCAGGUACCCAUAUACGAACUGAGAAAUGACGGUAGAGCCAAUCUGCUGGGGUCACUGCUCUUUGCUGGACAAUUUGUAAUCCCUGAGGUGUGCCUGUACUUUCAUAAUAAACUGUACAGGGGAAACCGGGUUACUAAGGUGGAUGCAGAGAGCUUCAAUGCCUUUUCCUCACCUAACCUGCCUUCACUUGCAACUGCUGAGGUGGAUAUUAUAAUUAACUGGGAGACCGUUUGGAGGGCCAACACUACCAAGAAAUUUGCAAUCCACAAAAUGAACUUUGAUCAACAUGUUGGCCUACUGAGAAUCUUCCCGGGGAUCACUGCUGAAGCGGUGAAGGGGUUUCUUCAAAGCCCAAUAAAAGGGAUUGUGCUUGAGACCUAUGGGAGUGGGAAUGCCCCCAAUAAUUGCCCUGCUUUGUUGGAAGAGUUGCAGAAAGCAACCGAGCGUGGUGUGGUGAUUCUGAAUUGCACCCAGUGUCUGCGAGGAAGUGUUUCUUUAGUCUAUGAAACAGGAAAGACCCUUAUGGACGCAGGUGUAAUUCCAGGAGGAGAUAUGACACCCGAAGCUGCUCUUACCAAGCUGGCCUAUGUCCUGAGCAAACCUGGUACCUUGGCCGAGAAGAGAGAGAUGGUGAAGGAGAAUCUGAGAGGAGAGAUGACUGUUGUGCCCAUUGGAACCCAGAUCACCCUCAAAGAUAGCAAGUUUAUUCAAGAGAUUGCAAAAUACCUGUUUAUCAGCUGCAAGGAGGAGCUAGCAGCUGUUAGAGAUGCUUUGACUCCUCCUUUGGCUUGCGCAGCGGCAAAAAAUGGUGACAUCGAUGCCCUAAAAGCCUUACAGAAUAUGGGUGGCAACUUGAGCUCCGAGGAUUAUGAUGGUCGCACACCUCUUCAUGUUGCAUCUUGUGAAGGUAAUUUGGAGAUAGUCAAACAUCUGCUGAAGUCUGGGGCAACUGUCUACGCUAAAGACCGAUUUGGAGCUACUCCACUGCUGAAUGCCAUAAAGUUCAGGCACCACGAUGUGAUCUGCUUGCUACGCACAACGGGAGCUCACCUUUCAAGCCAAGAGCUCGUGAAUGUUGGAACAGAACUCUGCAGUCUUGCUUUUAAUGGAGAUGUUGAAGGACUGCUGGCCUGGCAUCUGGCUGGUGUGGAUCUCAACCAUCCUGGUUAUGAUGGGAGCACUCCAUAUGCCAUGGCAAGAGCUGCAAAUCGUAUGAAAGUCAUGGAGUUUUUAUGUCAGCUGGAGGCCUAAUUUGAUACUUGGAGCUUCCCUGAGGCAAGAUGGGGAGGAAAGGCACACAUCGCUGCAAGCAACACAGAUAACAAUUGAAGAAUGCAAGCUUAUGCUCACUGUUUUUAGUAAAGAGAGUCUAUUUUCUUAUUAUUUUUUUUUAAAAAGAAUAAACUAAUGCUUAGCAAAGGACAUUGCAAUACUUCAGACUCGGUGCUCAUACUAGCCUAUUGAAUCAAUUUGUGUUUUCAGGAAGGAAUGUGUGAUGAUGAAACAAAUGCUGUUCUCAAACCACAUAUGAAAUUGCCUUAUAGCAAGUCAGGCCAUGGAUUCAGUGGUGGCAUCGUCUGUGAUGAAUAGACACAGCUUUGCAGGGUACCAGGCAGAAAUCUUGCCCAGACUUGCUAUCAGAUAUUAUUUUAACUUCAGUUGCUGACUAUUGGACCUGAGACCUUCUGCAAGCAAAGCAAAGUGCUCUGUUGCAGAGCUACUGUGUCUCACUAUAGCUCAGCGGCAGAAAUCUAGACACAGAAAUCAAGUUUCACAUUUCAGCGGGGGCUACCGUUUUUCAAAAGAUGAGAUAAUCGGAAAUUUCAGAAAGAAACAUCAUUUUUAAAACCAAUCUUCUGAUUUGCUGCAUACUGCAUUAGAAACCUGGUAUUAGCUUUCCUCUCAAAUUAAGUGGGGGGGGGCAUACACACAUCAGAUUGCUUGAGAGAAUUGUGGGGCUUCCAGAAGGGGGAAGAGUCUUUAAAAUCUAGAGAGGCAGCCCUCUCAAAAUAUAGUAUUUCACAAGAAAUGACAGGAUAGAUAUGGAUUGUGGCUAAUGCCAUGGGUAUACUGCCUCUGACACCAGUGAUGGCGGUGUACAGGUUGCAGAGUAGGCAGGAGUGUAAUGCACAGCCCCAGAAUGCGCUCAGUCACAACAGGAUAUUGAGUGUUGUUUGGAGGAGAAAAACAGAAAACCUGGAAGUAUGGCCAGCUGGCCCCUAAACCUGAGGACUCCUGUUUGGAGAUGAGAAUACACUCCAACUGAUCAGACUUUCUGAUCAGAAGGUCGGUGGUUUGAAUCCCCGCGACGGGGUAAGCUCCCAUUGCUCAGUCCCAACUCCUGCCAACCUAGCAGUUUGA